CAUGAGCUCAUUAUUGAUGCUGGGAAUGGCGUCGAACUUUGUGAAUUUUUACCCCAGUUUUAGUUGAACUUCACACCAUAGUUUUAUGUUUUUAAAUUUUUAGUCAAAGUAGCAAUGGCUGAAGUCUUCCCUUUAGAUAUAAAUGAUCCAAUAGACGAAGAGGAUUUUAGCGAAGAUGAAUUUGAAGAGGGGCAAGUAGGCGAUGAGCUGAUGGAAAACGAUGAAAGUAUGCAUGAAGUGGAAACACUGGCUAUUUCUGAAGAGACUGUUAAUCCUAAAGAUGAGAAAGUAGGCCCUGAAAGCUUUGAACUUCUCAAAGUUUUGGGUAAAGGAGGUUACGGCAAGGUUUUUCAAGUCAGAAAAGUGGAUGGAAGGAACAAGGGAAAGAUAUUCGCGAUGAAAGUGCUGAAAAAGGCUGCCAUCAUCAGGAGCCACAAAGACACUGCCCAUACUAAAGCAGAAAGAAAUAUCUUGGAAGCUGUUAAGCAUCCUUUCAUUGUGGAUUUAAUAUAUGCUUUUCAAACUGGAGGAAAACUGUAUCUUAUUUUGGAUUACCUCAGUGGUGGAGAAUUGUUUAUGCACUUGGAGAGAGAAGGAAUUUUCAUGGAAGACACAGCAUGUUUCUACCUGGCAGAAAUAGUGCUGGCCCUAGAACAUCUCCAUAAGCAAGGAAUUAUAUACAGAGAUCUUAAACCGGAAAACAUAUUGUUAGAUACAAAAGGCCAUGUGGUGUUAACUGAUUUUGGUUUAUGCAAAGAGGCAAUAUUUGAAAACAGCCUAACUCAUACUUUCUGUGGAACCAUUGAAUACAUGGCACCUGAGAUACUCACUCGCAGUGGCCAUGGCAAAGCAGUGGAUUGGUGGAGUCUUGGUGCUCUCAUGUAUGAUAUGCUGACAGGAAGUCCUCCCUUUUGUGGAGAGAAUAGAAAGAAAACGAUUGACAAAAUUUUAAAAGGGAAACUGGUUCUUCCUCCUUUUCUUAGUGCAGAAGCCAAAGAUUUUGUUAGAAAAUUGUUGAAACGUCAUCAUCAAGCUCGGCUGGGUGGUGGCAAAGAUGAUGCAUUACCAAUAAAGACCCAUUGUUUCUUCCGCUCCAUCAAUUGGGAUGAUCUCUACUCCCGAAAAGUGGAGCCCCCAUUUAAACCAAAUAUAACAGGUGAAGAAGAUGUGAGUCAGUUUGAUAGUAAAUUCACAAGGCAAACACCUGUUGAUUCACCAGUAGAUUCAAUGUUGAGUGAAAGUGCAGAUAGAAUAUUUCAGGGCUUCACAUACGUGGCUCCUUCAGUUAUGGGUUCAUUGCAUAGAGAAGUACCAAUGUCACCAUGGAGAUAUACAAGAUCUCCAAGAAGAAGUAACCAACCAAUGAGCCCCACCAAAGUUAAGGGAAAUGGUUCCAGUCAGUUUGGAUUUGAACAAUCCUGGCAACCAAACCGAACAGACUCUUCACUAGCCAAGACUGCGGCAAUGAAGACUCUUGAUUUUAACUCUUCAAACUCUGCUGUUGCAAUGGAUACUUCUCAUGGAAGUGAUAAGCUUGUUAAUGGCACUGAUAGUCUGUUGCAGUGUGGUAACUCCCUAGCUCACACAGUAACUAACUCUGCUCUUCAAAUGACAUAACCCUUGGUUUAUUGUGGAAUCCAUCAUCAUCUACUUCUUUAUAAUCUUUCCUGUCUUUGUGGAGAAUUUUUACCAAAAGGCAAAACUUUGUCUGUAACUUUGUGAUAAAAAUUCUCCCUCAAAAGUUAUUUUGUCUAUGCCACAAUUAAUAUCUAGCAAAUGAUAUCUUUACAGAGGAGAGCCAAAGUUACUUCUGUAUGAAGAUGAUUCAUGUAGCUUUAUUCCACUGAAUAUCAGUUUUUUUUUUGGGUUUGUUUUACUUCUCUAAUUCAAAAGAAUGGUUCUUUAUAGGGAGCUUAGAAUAUUUAUUUAAGAAGUUGAGGCAGUGGAGGCAUUGUAACAAAGGCUGGUCCGCUUGUAAUCCUGCAAUAUGCAUUCAGAUAUCAAUAGGAAGUUUCUCAGUAGUGUAUCAUAUAAGGUGUUAGUUUUGGUUAACAGAUAAUGAAGUAGACAAAGUAAUGCUAAAAAAAAAACUUUUGAUCAAGCAAUUAAAAAUAGUUCUAGAUUAUUUAAACUAAAGCAAGUUAGCAACAUAGAUAGAUAAAAUUUUAUUGCUCCUGAUUUAAUUGCUAUGCUGAUUCUGUUAAAACAAAAUUUUCCUCUUUUCAUGAAGGCAUCUGGUUGAACCCUAAAGAGCUAAUUCAAAAUUUGUAUGAUGUCUCUGGAAAAGAGAAUAUAUUUUUACAAAGGUAUAAAUUGCAAUAGUAACAUUAUAGAUUUUAAGAUGUUUUUGUUUUCAAGAAGUCUGCUCGGUUAAAAUUAUUAUUUAUUGCCAAGACAACAUAGUCUUGGAGUUUCACAUUUUCAAAGCAUUAAGCCACAGUUUUCAAGAAUAGUACUUUCAAAGUACUUUCAAGUUUAUGUUGAUGUGUUAAGAGGACAGAGUGUUAUGUUGCUUUGUUUGCAUCCAGCAAUGAUAGACCAUGGAUUUCUAAAUGAAUAUCAUACCCUUUUGAUAAAAAUUAUGUUUAAAACGCUUUUGAUUGGACCAUUUAUUUGUGCUGUUGUAAAUCUAGCUGCCAAGAGCAUAUGCAGGUGGAGGUACUAAAAAUAUUUAAAAAUGAUUGACAAUAAUUAUAGUAAUAAUUAUUAAUAUUUAUUAUUGCAUUAUGCACAAGUUUUUUUAAGUAAAAAUCAGUCAAUGCAGUGUGCAGUUAGUCACAUAGUCUGCAGGUUAUAGGAAACAAGUAAAAGUUACAAUUUUCAGUUGAAACUCAAAAGGAUAACUUUGAAAAAAUUUUUGUUCUUGCUAUACUCUCCAUUACAUUUUCAAAAAAUGGUGCAAACCUUGGAAACAACAAAUUACUUGCUAGUGAUACAUUUUUGCUGUAAUACUGCAUUGGUUGAGGAGAUUAGAUUUGUUUAUUCAAGUGUUUGUUGUUUCUGUCCUCUGAUUAGUCAUCUUAAAUCAUCUAAUGAUUUUUUGAAAUUUUAACAGUGUUGAGAAAAGUUCUAAAAAUGAGAUAAAUGUGUUAGUAGUGCAGACUGAAGUAAUAGAUUGAGUAGUGAUAAUACAUUUGCAUUUUAUUCAUUAUGAUAGGAACAGAUUUAAACUCUGGAAUCAAAUUAUAGAUAGAAAUGCUGUAAUUUGAUCUGGAGUACAGGUGAUGAAUGAUAUAUUUUCACAUGUAGUUAGAUAUAGUUGAAAAAGCACAGUUUCAAAAGAGAACCCUCCUAAUGAUUACCAGCUAUUUUGAAAUUUCUUUUUGCAAAAAGGUUUUAUGUUAAAUAGUUUAAUGUGGUUUGUAAGGAAAUUAUAAAAUACCGCCUGCUGGACAGACACGCGUUGCAAAUUUGCAUAUUUUCUCACCUUACUUACAACAAUAAUGAUUUUAAAUUGGCAAAUAUGGUGUCCAUAUUUCAGAUAAAUUUAACAUGGGUUAUCCACCCUUCAGUACUGGAAUUUUUUUAAGCAUGCACAAAUGUGACUAAAUUAUUGUCACUGCAGUCUACAUUUUGUAUUUAUUAACUUACAUUUUUUCAAGCAAAAUGGCAUCUCCUCGAGUUUAUGUAGUAAUAGGGCCUUACAUUAUGUGUGCAAAACAAACUUAAGUUACAAAAAGGUUUCUCAAACUUUCCAGUGGUCAGUCUAUUCAGUCAUGUGAUAUUCAAUGGAGUACACGUUCCCUAUUUAUCUUAAUUCAGUAGGAUCUAUUUAUUAAUAAGCUGAAAACACUCCCAUCCCUUGUUUUUUCAAGGAUUAGGGAUCAUGGGAAUGAAUUACCAGUUUUCCCAAACUCUUUUGUGCAUCUCACUUCCUUUUCAAUGAUUCCAUGAUUUACGUUAAAAGACUGACGGGAAAGAAUUGCAUUUUAAAACACAGUUUAUUAAAUGUUACAGUAUAUCAGAAAGAAUAGCAUUGUUAUUCUUUUAGUUAGCUGCUUCUUACAAAUUGUUGCUAUAAUAAAAUAUGCUUGAUGGGCUUCAUGAA